UCCGCCCAUUCCCAUCUCGCUCCCAUUUCUCCAUUCCCUUUCCUAAAAAAAAUCCUGCUAGGCUCGGCUCGGCUCGGCUUAGCCAGCUUAUACGGCUCGGCUUAUGCAUGAAGCUCUUGUAAUUAAGCAUUAGAAAUGGCAGCAACGCCGGCUUUGAUGGAGCCGAGCUUGGACGUGGACAGGCUGAGCUACGAGAUCUUCUCCAUUUUGGAGAGCAAGUUCCUCUUCGGCUACGACGACCCCAAGCUCUUCCUCGCCGCCUUGCCGCCGGAGACUCCGGCGAAGACGCCCGCCGGGACCCCUACUGUGGCCGCCGCAGGUGGGACCCGGGUCCGGAUCCUCUCCAUCGACGGCGGCGGCCGCGCCUCUGACGGCCUUCUCGCCGGCGCCGCCCUCGCCCGCCUCGAGGCCUCCCUCCGCAAGCGCUCUGGCGACUCGGCCGCCCGGAUCGCGGACUUCUUCGACGUCGCCGCUGGAUCCGGCGCCGGCGGUGUCCUCGCCGCAAUGCUCUUCACCCGCGGCCCCGACGGCCGCCCCCUCUUCUCCGCCGCCGAGGCGCUCCAGCUCCUCGCCAAGAACCGCUUCGCAUUCGCCCCCAAGAAGGGGCUCCUCCGCGGAAUAUUCCGGAAACACGGGGGUAUAUACCGGCGGAUCUUCGCCGACGCGACGCUGAGGGACAUGGUGAAGCCGGUGCUGAUCCCCUGCUACGAUCUGGCGACGGGGGCGCCAUUCAUGUUCUCGAGGGCAGACGCGGUGGAGUCGGACGGCUACGAUUUCCGGAUGCGGGAGGUGUGCGUGGCCACGUGCGCCGACCCAACGGCGACGGGGGCGGCGGCGGUGAAGAUGAAAUCGGUGGACGGGAGGACGAGGAUCGUGGCCGUCGGCGGCGGGUUGGCGAUGGGGAACCCCACGGCGGCGGCGAUCACGCACGUGCUGAACAACAAGCAGGAGUUCCCCUUCGUCGCCGGGGUGCAGGACCUACUGGUGGUGUCGCUGGGGAGCGGGGAGGUCGCGGCCGCCUCCGGGAAUGUCGGGGCGUCGGCGCCGCCGCGGGAGGCGGAGCUCGUGAGAAUCGCCGGGGAGGGAAUGGCCGACAUGGUGGAUCAAGCAGUGGCAAUGGCCUUCGGACAUAGCAGGACAAGCAACUAUGUCCGCAUUCAGGUUCAUGGAUUCGAUCCUCGAGGAGAUCACACAUCUAAGAGUGCUAGCACAAUGGAUGUGAGAAAAGUAUUAGGAGCAGCGGAGGAAAUGUUGGCACAAAAAAAUUUGGAGUCGGUUUUGUUUCAAGGGAAGAAAAUAUUGGAACAUACCAAUGGUGAAAAACUUGAAUGGUUUGCAAGUGAAUUGAUCAAGGAGCAUGAGAGGCGGAAGAGCCUACUUUCUAAAAUCUUAUUGAAGCAAGAGAUGACACCAAGAAUAUCAUCUGUGGCAGUAUCCACAACAACUACUGCCACCGACACAUCAGCGAGAACAUCGAUAUCUCCAUCCCACUAAAUUUCAUUUUGAAUUGAUUGGGUGCCUAUGACUAUGCUUUAAAACUAAAUGGAAGUAGUCAGAUGGUAGAAGAAUGAGAAUUGAGAUUUGACUUGCAAUGUGAAUUAGGACAUAAUUGAUUGUGUACAUAUAGUUGACUUGAAUGGUGAUGGAUUGCUAAAUAUGUACUAUUUUCCCUUUUUCUUGGCUUUCCCCAAAGACUUUGUAUGGAAACUAGAUGAAGUGUGGUUAAAUUCUUUAUAACUUAUGAUUGAAAGAAGUUACACAAGUUGUACU